GCAGGCAACUUGACAACAUCGGCAGGUAGCGUGGAGAUCGACUGCUAAUGUCUGGGGAGCGGUCCGUCCGGUGCUAUCUUCCCCUGCCGGCGUGGGUUAAACUACAACGAGGGAAAAACGCGUGACUAAUAAUAAUAAUAAUAAUAAUAAUAAGCCAUGAGCCACAAACACUCAACAUAAUGCGAACAGCCGUAUGACUUCUUAUUCAGCGGAGGUCAGUGUUGACGGUUGCCAUGGGAACAGACGAGGGCCUUAGAGCCGCGGAGUGUUUUCAUCCGAGCGAUGAGGAAAUCGAGAAGUGGAUGGACGACGCGUUUGACACGGCCAAAGAUGCUCUGGAGAACGGAGAGGUGCCGGUUGGAUGUCUGAUGGUCUACAGCAAUCAAGUCAUUGGAAAAGGACGGAACGAAGUCAACGAGACCAAAAAUGCCACUCGCCACGCUGAGAUGGUGGCCCUGGACCAGCUCCUGGCCUGGUGUCGUCACAGCAACCUGGAUGUGAGCAGCGUGUGCGAGCGAACGGCGCUGUACGUCACAGUGGAGCCGUGCAUCAUGUGUGCCGCAGCCCUGCGCCUCCUCAAUAUCCCGGUGGUUGUGUACGGUUGCAGGAACGAGCGGUUUGGAGGCUGCGGUUCAGUCCUGGAUGUUUCCUCUGCAAGCUUACCUCAGACUGGGAGCACGUUCAAGUGUGUUUCAGGGCACAGAGCAGAAGAAGCUGUAGAGAUGCUGAAGACUUUCUACAAACAGGAGAAUCCAAACGCCCCCAAACCCAAAACAAGGAAGGACUGAGCUUUCCCGAACAAACCAGCUGUUUAUUGAAUUUUUAUAUUGCUUGUAUUUACGUUUUUAUUGUGAUUCGUUUAUUGAAUAAAUGACAUUGUAAAUAA